AGCUAUACACGGUCUCCUGCUAAUUUCUGUAGGGUCGUGUCCCAUGAGGAUGACCUGGUGAACCUGCCAUCUGUGACAUGUUGGCUUUACGCGCUGUGUCACUCCUCCAUUGCUCGUGUAAAAGGGACAGUCCGCUCUGUCAGAUGUUCCUUUAAAAAAGUGCAUCCCCUCCGCCGCGUGGGCCGGUUCGUGGGAGAUGACGCCCCGUCCACGAGCGCAACUCAACUCGUGAACCACUCAGGACCGGGGGUUUGAGCGCCGCGGCUCGGGGAUCCGGGGUCGUGUGCUCGUUUGCGGGAGCGGAUCCAGAGAGAUGCUCGGCCGACAACAACACCGAGCCCCGAGAGAGAGAGAGCCGCACCGUUAUAUUUGUGCAAUCGUUUCCAAAAUCGUUGCCUUUAAAUAAAAAAAUACUUUAAAAUUAUUUAAAAAAAAAAAAAAUAGCGACCAAUUCAACAAAGGGGUCUAAAUAAGCGCUUUACGAUUUUUUUUUUUUCUCUUUUCUUCGAAUAAAGGUAACAAUGGAUGUGGCGGAUCUGUCGUUCGCUUUGCCUGCGAUUCUUUUCACGCUUCUUGCGAUUGUUUUAGCGAAUACGAUUUUCGGUAAGAAAACCACGAGUGUCCCGCAGUCCGAGGCGCAGAGCGGUGCUCCCGCUGAGAGCGACUGGACCGCGGACGAGCGAUGUGAGCGUGGACGAGAGGCGGACACACCGGCCCUGCCGCCUCCUCGGACCAUAAUAAAGGGGGAAUUUGAGGGAGCGGAGCCCGUCGGCGGGGGGCAGCUGCAGGAGGACGGAGCGGCACCCGCCGAGUCCCCGCCGGGCCCGCAGGUGGAGGACGACGUGGGCGUGAGCACGAGCACGAGGUGCCCGGGACGCCGCCAGGUGUCCGGGGAACCGGAUUAUAACACGGAAGGGAGUCCUGAAAUCGUGGGUGAAGGAGACUGUAAAGCAGUGCCGGAGGCUCAGACAGCGUUCUUGAAGACAACCAAUUUGGUGCAUGACCCUAUCCAAGACGUGGACGUCAUCUCCAGACCCAUCCCUGUCAAUGUGGCACCCUGCCACCUCUCACUUGAGAGGGAUGUUUUUCUACACCAUCUUCCUGACGUGGAAAUUCACAAGACCAGCCCAGACUCAGAUUCGGAACCUGCACUUGAACAGGUGGAGGAUGAUCUGGCUGCACUGGAGGAGAACCUUGCAGAGUACAGUCCAGAAAAUGAGGAUGAUGAAGAUACGAUUGCGGUCGGUACAGAGGCCCAGGAUCUCUCCCUGAGAUACGCUCUUGGGAAGCUGAGAACCAGCCAGCUGGAGGAGAUGAUGACCAAGGAGGAGGUGGAGGAGAAGGAGCAGAGGAUAGAGUUCACAACUGAUUUUACCUCUCUUUAAACCACAAGGACAAGCAGUGUGUUUUAGAAAACACUUGGUAAGUCCAGUCUAGGGUUAGACUGCAACACAGGGUUAUGGAGACUGACUACCACCAGAGAGAAGCGCACCAAUCCUUUCGGAACGCAAAAGGAUCACCUUCAUUGGCCAUUGGCAGCACAUGAGCCGUAUCUCUAGGUGUGAGACGUGCCAAGACAACAAGCGGAAGUGAAUCUUACCCUUUGCGACACUCUACCCUAUCGAAGCGAAACAAUCAAAAAAACACCAUUCUAACCUGACUCCUAAUUAAAGAAAAGCUGGUACAAAUGAAGAUGUCACUCACCCCAUUCCAUUCCACCGCAUUUAUACAUAUGUACAAUGAAGAUAUAAUUACACAAAAUACACAGUUGAGGCUUUUACCACUAUUAAUGAAGCUAUUAAACUUCCUAUGCAUGUACAUACCAGUUCUCAUUCCAAAAUAGACAGUCCAGCUAUAGCAGAUCGAUAGCAACAGCAAGACCACAAAAUCUUUCUGGGGUAGCCCGUCUCUUUCUCUCUGGUCCACUGGCUAUGCGACUUUUCAGUCAUCUUCCAUUUCUGCAGGCCAGUCACAGUUGGAUGUCGAUUGGCCUUCCCAGGUUUACCUGUAAAUGGAGAAACACAAACGCCCACAAGCAAAAUAUUACAGCCGUAACACUUGUGCUGCAAUUCCUGAAAGCAAUUUUUUUACCGUUUUUUCAGCAAAAUAAUUACACAAAUCAAAAAAGCUAUAAGACAAGAAAACCUCACACUGUAUUAUAUUGCAAGACUAUUGAAAAGACUGCAAUUUUCACAACUGGGUCAUUCCAGAGGAGGAAGCUCCUGCUCCUGCCGAUGCACCAGCCCUUCAUACUGUUUUCUCAUUUCUUUUUCUAAUAUGUUUCAUGUUCUCCAGCUGUUUGCACACAACAUCAUUUUACUGUGCCAUCCACCUACUGCUGUACUGUGGUAACAUUUUAGGAGCUGUUUAAUGGCCUAUAAAAUAU